AUGUCCGAAUCAGAAGAGGCUCGAUACCGUCAGAAGUGCAAGGACUUACGGAAGCGAAUCAGGGAAAUUGAGGAGAGCAAUGACGCCAUGACGCUGAAGCUUGCUCGUACGAAGCGGAGUAUACAACGGCUGCGACUAGAGCGUGCAUUCUUGUUGGAGCGGUUAGAGGAGCGAACACCGGCAAGACCAUCGGCAGAUGAAGUGCUGUCACCACUGACGACGGCGCGACCGAUUGCUUCCGCGAGAAGGUCACCAUCACCCAACAAAGCAGCAAACGGAGCAUCUUUUGCAACACCUACACCUAACGAAGCCAAACCAAAGAAACGUACGACCAAGGUAUCGCGGAAGUCGAUAUCUGGUAUGGAAGCAUCACCAGCAAUUGUCGCAUCGAAUACGCUCGAUGCACCCGUUGCCGUCGUUCAUAGCGCACUAUCGGACGAGAAUGUUCCGGUGGCAGCUGAUACUCCUAGUGUAAUCUCGGCUAUGGACGUCAAGGAAGAGUUGUAA